AUGGAGCUGCUGCCAGCCCUGAGCCCCGUCCUCUGCAUUGUCCUCCUCAUCCUCACCCGGGGAGCAGGUAUGUCGUUUUCCUUUGCUGCUAUAACGUUUAUUGCCCUGGUUCACGAAGGUCUCACAGUCCUUCAGAGCCCUGCUGCCCUCCGAGCGUCCCCCGGCGAGACCAUGACACUUAACUGCUCCUUCGAGAACAGACAAGGCAGCAAGGCCAAAGCGACCUGGACCAGAGCGCCCGGAGUCGUGCUGGAUUCUGCCCAUCCCUUCUACAGCGGGCGGCUCCGUAUGUCCCACCUGGAUCUGCUCCAGAAAGGGGAGGCCACGCUGACCCUGUCGGAGCUGGAGCUGCGGGACUCUGGUCUCUACCAGUGUCAGAUCAGCAUCCACCGGGGAGAGAGCGGGACGGGAGCAGGCACCGAGCUGCAGGUGAUGGGGAGAAACCAGAGUGACACAGAUAAAGUACCAGCCCCCUCAGGGAGCUGCGCCCGGGAGCUCCUGUACCAGGUCACCAUCGCCCUGGGGCUCCUUCUCAUCCUUGGCCUGGCGGCCACCCUCCUCCUGAAGAGACACCGAGCACCGCCCCACUCGCAGCCCCGCCAGCGGCAGCCAAAGGGCCAGGGCAGCCAGGCGGCCGCAGACAGCGAGAACCUGCACUACGCAGAGAUUAAAAUCCAGACCCCAGGACGCAGGGACCACACGUCCAAGCACUGCCAGCGGUGCUGAGUCCCUCACACCCAGAGCCACGCAGCCACGAGGGAAUUUCCCACAGGAGGAGACCCUCACAGGGUUUGCGGGACAGCAGAAGAAAAUGAUGGGCGUGAAGGUCCAUGUGAACCCCAACAAAACCCAACUAGCCCUCUGUACGGCAGGGAAUAAUCUACUAGGGCAUGGUCCUACCCUCAGGAAAUGCCUUCUCUGGGGCCUCCUGAAGUAUAACUAUAUCAUGUCCCUAUGUGUUAUUUCCCUGGCCUCUCUGGAGUGAUUGAAACGCCGCCCUAUGGAGCAUGACCAGGUGGGGUAAUUAACCCAGCAUCUGGUCCCUCUUCCUAACUGAGCUCGAAGAGAAACACUAGCCCACCUCAGCAUCCUGUCGGCGGUGGAGUCGGUCUGA